AUGGAUCCAAGUGUACACGUUCAGAAUUUAUCCACAACAUCAGACUUGUGUAUGGAAAAAAAUUAUCCUAUUAUUGACCUAGCCACAAAUUCUGAUCCAACAGUAUUUUUACAAGAUUAUUCAACAAUAUCAGAUAGUAAAUUUCACGAAAAAUUAGUCAAAUCAAUAGGCAAUACUAUGAAUCAAGAUGAACUUAUUGAAUUAUUGAAUCAGAAAGAUCUGUUCAUAUUUAUUCGUCAUCUUACAGAAUUAGUCAAUAAAUUAAAGUAUGCUGAAUUACAACAUGAACAAUGGUCAUAUUAUCAGAAUCUUGGCAUGAACGAAGGUAUUUGGAACGGCCGAGUAUCGAAAAAAGUAGCUGAUGCUAAUUCAAUGUGCCAUACAUAUGGUCGAUCCAAAAACUUGAUCAAACAACGUAUUCAGACAUAUAAACUUCAAUGUGAAAAGAUCCAAGAAGCUAUCAAUGAACACAUGAAACAAGCACCAGUCAAUAUUAAUUUACAGAAUAUGACCACUAUCAUCAACAAUUUAAUCCAAAAUGAUCAAUACGAAUUACAACUUGAACUUAACCGAAGAAAAACAAUGCUUCGAUUAGAUGCUGAAGAACAUAAACUCGUUGAACAUUUUUAUCAAAUGAAGCCAAGACAAACCGAAAUCAAGUCUGCUAAAGUUAUCUUCAAAGCUACGCAUGAACAACAAAAUAUAAUCCAUGAAAUUGCUAUCUUUAAGAAAUGGCUUGAAGUUCACACACAAGCACCAUCAUAUACACUUCAAGAUGUUCAGUUACCAAAAAUAUACCAUAUAUUCAUAUCACUCUCGUUUCAAUAUCAAACAUCAUCAGCAGAACAUAUCGCCGAACAAACAAUUAUGAAAGCUGAAGAAUUGGUAGAAUCCUAUAGCAAAAUAAUAAACAACGAAAAAAAUAAGCUACAAUGUACAAGACCUCAACAUAAAAAUGUUCAACAACUCGAUCAAAUCAUCAGUAUCAUCAACCAACGUGAACAAAAUUUGAAACAACGUCGUGAUUCUGAACUAUUAGGAAAAUUGUCUACUUUUUUUUUUGUUAAAUAA